AUGGCUCGCAAAAGGUCUAGAAACGAUGGCAACGCCUCGCAGUCCGGUACAGCUAUCAACACAGAUACUUUCAAUAGCAAAGCGGUAUUAGGCGAUAAUGGCAGUACUUUUCCAGGUAGCCGAAAAAAGCGUCCUCCACCGCCACCCGCCAGCAACGAGCUCGAUCUCGAAAAGUUGAUUUUUGGUGGCUCUUCCUCUCUGUUGUCCCAUCCUUCAACAUCGAAGCAUGUCACGGGCGAAAAUGAAGUACAAGAAGCCAGCGAAGCGGAAGAUGAUGCUGCUUUCGAGGAUCAAGCUAUAGCCGAUGGUGACCUUUUCAUGGUCGACACGGCCGGAGGCGAUGAUGAUGGACAGCUCGAGGAUCAGCAAGGUGGCCAGCCUUCUGGCUCAGAACGCGAAAGUGACGAUGAUGACAACGAUGACGAGAUUCUUAUCGACCGUAUCGCUUCUGCCGGCUCCAGUACAUCGCAGAUCAAGAAACCAAAGCGCACAAAAAGAUGUGUGUGGAUAGACCCAGAUGAUGCCGCACUCACUAUCGAUCUCACACGCAGCAACAAUCUCGCCGCUAACGGAUCUCGUGUUGGAACUGCCCGUCUUCGACGACUGCGCGAAGAGGUCGGCGAGACCAAAAUCAGCGGUCUUGAAUACGAGCUUCGACUUCGCGCCCAAUUCGAAAAGCUUCAUCCUCGACCAGGAUGGGCCUCUUUCCGCCUCACAUCCAUCUCGCAGCAACCCGACGAAUCAGAACAAGGAUUUGGCGAGUCCGCCGUCAUCAUCAACGAGGACGUCAGCAAAGGUAUUCAAGACCUUCUUCGGAGCGAUACUGGCCUUAUCGAAGGCUAUGGCCCUCGGCAUCAAGACCUCACCAGCAAAUCAAUCAAAGCGCGCGGCAAACUCAGAGCAGGGGAGAUCGAACUCGACCGCUUGCGUAACGCCAACGACGCACAGAAUGCCAACGCCAUUGCUGCGGAAGAAUCAUUGCCCGGUAUCGAGAUGGUACGAUUCCACCCCAGCCCACGCGCCAGCGUUCUCAUGACGGCUUCGAAAGACCGUCGUGUUCGACUUUUCCAGAUUGACGGCAAGUCGAACCCGUUGAUUCAAACGAUACACGUACCCGAUCUGCCAAUCCAACAUGCAUCGUUCCAUCCAUCCGGUUCGUCCGCUCUCAUUUCCGGCAAUCGACCCUUCCUCUAUGCAUACGACUUGCAAGCUGGGCGCGUUGUUCGGUCUAUCCCCUGGCGUGGUGCUGGAUCACUGGCCUCACAAUCUUCUGCAGAGGACGAUGGAAACGAGCUGAAUUUGUCCGAUGCCAAGUUUCAACCUCAGACUGCGGAAGAGGGUAACAGACUGUUGGCGAUUGGUGGUCGACGAGGCGCGGUGCACCUACUCGACUGGGGACGAUCGGGUGCUGCAGGUGGAACACGAAUUGGUGGAGUACGUAUGAACUCUCCUCUCGCAGGAUUCACCUGGGACGCAGCUUCCGUGCUGGGAGACAGAGGUACCGGAAUCGGCGUUACCGGCACAGGCAAAGAUGUCGAACUACUGACGAUGAGUAAAGAAGGAAGCGUUCACCUGUGGGAUAUCAGGAAUAUGGGCAUGGAAGUAGGAUGCUCUUCUAUCUGGAACGAUGUGGGUUCGUUCGGUGCUAAAGGAUUGGAAGUUUCACCGAACGGUAGAUUCUGGUCUGUCGGAAGUGAUGGUGGUAUCGUCAACAUUUACAAACGCCCUGCCGAGUCUUACUCGCGCGGCAGUCCCACUUCGAUUAUCCCUUCGUCACGAGCCAUCGAUUCAGUCGUCGAAAAGGUACCAGGUGGACCCAUGGAUCCUGUCAAGACGAUCGAAAACCUUGUCACUACCACCACCGCCAUGCGAUGGAACGGUGAUGGACAGAUCCUUGCCAUCGCGUCCAAGUUGAAGAAGGAUGCAUUCCGAUUGGUCCACUUCCCAAGCAUGCGGGUAUUCAGCAAUUGGCCCACCUCAGGCACGCCACUGGGCAGUGUCAGCUCGGUCGAUUUCAGCCCAGCAAGUCAGUAUGUGGCGAUUGGUAACACCAGGGGUAAGGUACUACUUUAUUCGCUGCGCCAUUACUUGUAG